UAAAGAAAAACCUAAUGAUAAAAAUAUCCUUAUAAUAAGGCCGUUAUAAUAAAGAAAUUAAAGACGAACUGCAGAAUUCUCCCGUGUAGUUAAGAAAAAACAUUUCAAAAAAGAAAAAAACCAAAUGACAAAAAUAUCCUUAAAACAAAGCCAUUGUAAGGAUCUUUAAAGACGAGAACUCCGGAAUUCGUUAUACGUUCAAAUCUUUCCUUGGAUCUCAAGUCUCAUCAAACGGAAAUCUCUCCUCUCUCUCCGGUUUUCACUCUCUCGUCUCUGACGUCUGAAACUCCACUGAUUAGACUCCAAGAAAUUAGGGUUUUUGAAUGUUUCCUAAUCCCAAAUCCUUAAAAAUGCCGCCACUCACCUGCACCAAACUGGCUCUCAUCGCAAUAACCGGAGUCAUCAUUCAAAUCAUCGGCCUUUCUCUUUUCGUCUUCGGUUUUUUCCCCGUAAAACCGGCUCUUCCCGGCAUCAGUGGCUCGGAGAGUUACCACUUACCGGUUUGCGACUUAGUUGGGAAUCAAAGCGGCACGACUCUUCCGUCCGAUCAACUCAGAUCGUUAUAUCAAGAAUUGUCAGGGAUGCCUCCUUUAUUUGAUAGACUGAUUUUAAUGGUUAUUGAUGGUCUUCCAGCAGAAUUCGUGCUCGGCAAGAAUGGGAAACCUCCUAGUAAGCAAUUUAAGGAAGCUAUGCCUUAUACUCAGUCAUUGCUAGCCAGUGGAUUGGCUAUUGGUUACCAUGCUAAAGCUGCCCCUCCAACUGUCACAAUGCCUCGACUAAAGGCUAUGGUCUCUGGUGCAAUCGGUGGAUUCCUAGAUGUGGCGUUCAAUUUUAACACACAGGCUAUGCUGGAUGACAAUCUUCUUGGUCAGUUUUUCAGGAUUGGUUGGAAAAUGGUGAUGCUUGGUGAUGAAACGUGGCUUAAGUUGUUUCCUGGGUUAUUCAAAAGGCAUGAUGGUGUUAGCAGCUUCUAUGUUAAGGAUACUGUGCAAGUAGAUCAAAAUGUUUCGCGACAUUUGGGAGAUGAACUUAGUAGAGAUGACUGGAAUCUUUUGAUUCUGCAUUACCUGGGCUUGGAUCAUGUUGGACACAUCGGUGGGCGGAGCAGUGUGUUGAUGGUCCCAAAACUAAAGGAGAUGGAUGACAUGGUGAAGUUGAUCCAUUCAAGUACUACCCUGUCCCAAGGAAAUGACCAAGGGCGGAUGCUUUUGAUGAUAGUAAGCGAUCAUGGCAUGACAGAAAAUGGUAAUCAUGGGGGUUCUUCAUAUGAAGAAACUGACUCCUUAGCUCUUUUUAUUGGCCUGAGGAAUCAUGUCUUGGACUAUGCAUCAGUCAUUCAGCAGAUUGACAUUGCGCCAACCUUGGCUCUUUUAUUUGGUGUACCUAUCCCUAAAAACAAUGUUGGUGUUCUUAUCAAAGAAGCUUUUGAUUCUCUAAAAGAGGAGCAACAUCUGAGGGCCCUGGAGUUGAAUUCUUGGCAGUUACUUGGAUUGUUGCAAGCUCAGUUAUCAGGUUUACCAUGCAGAAAUUUCCCUUGUGAUGCAUUUAGUGAUCAUCAGAUUGCUGGUACUAGUGAGUGCUAUCAUAGGACAGAGGAUAUGCUUUGUUGCUUGUAUAUGGAAGCAGCAGCUCUAUACAGCUCCUGGAAGUCCAAGAGAGGCACUGAGUCUGCUAGCAACAAAGAUUACAGCAGCACUGCAGCAGCAUAUUACAAAUUUCUCAAAUCUGCAAGUGAGUGGUUAUCACGAAGGUCUACUGAUAAACCUGUUAAGCUACUUGCAGUUGGACUGGCAACAAUGUUUAUCUCAUGUGUAAUAUUAUCAAGCCUGAUGUUUUGUCGGGUCAGAGAAAUUUACCUUGGACGAAGGCAACAAUCCUUAAAUGAUAGCAUGAAUGGUUGGUCUUUAGAUGAUACUUUCAUUCUUGGUGUUAUCUUGAUCCUUGUUACAAGUAUGGGAUCAAGUUCUAUGGUAGAGGAGGAGCAUUACAUAUGGUAUUUUGUGACAUCCACAUUCUAUCUCUUAUUACUCCGUAAAACAGCACAGUCCUUUUCAUCAGUUGGUGUGAAAAGUGGAGAAGGUUACUUUGGAAUGUGUUUCACCUUUCUGCUGCUUAUCUCUGGAAGGAUUUUGAGAGGCUGGCACCAAGGUGGUGUCAACUGGACUAGUCUUCCUGACAUAUCUAAGUGUCUGGAACAGGCUGGGAGUCAUUAUGUAAAAUUGCUUCAGCUAGUUUCUGCCUUCCUGGUGAUCAGCAUAGGUGUAUUUGCUCUAUUUUCAAUACAAUUCAAGCAAAAAUAUUUUCAGAUGGUCAGACUUAGCUUUCUGACAUCUGGAUUGUUGGUUUUGCUGCAUAUCACAAGAUAUCAGGAUUACACAUUUUCAUCAACUAAUUAUGGUGCUACCUUACUGGCACAAAUAGUUUAUGCAAUUCUUGGUGCUGCGACAAUUGGGACCGUUGUGGCCUUGCCAUGGUUUUUCCCUUUCCCAACCUUCAAUAGUUGCCCUACUGAUAAUACCCUCUCACCUCCUUCAUUUUUUCAUGGCAUUCAAGAGAAAUUCCCAUUUGUGGAAUUAAGAGAUUCUUUAUAUGUAAUUGGAUGGGCAUACAUAUUAUGUUGGUGUCUUCUGCAACUGCUGCUUCAACAACCAAUUAAUUCAACACCCAUAUUAUUGCUUCUUGUGCAAAUAUUGGCCAGCAUGCUCUAUUUUGCUAGUAACGGAACACAUCAUAAAGAGUGGAUAGAGAUUGCAGCAUUGUACUACUUGGGAAUGGCUGGUCAUUUUGCUCUAGGAAAUAGCAAUACACUAGCUACUAUUGAUGUUGCUGGAGCUUUCAUUGGCCUAUCAAGUCACUCAACGUUGCUUUCUGGCAUUCUAAUGUUUAUUAUCACCUAUGCAUCACCCAUGUUUAUUCUUCUUAGCCUGGUAAUGUACAUCUCUAUGAAGAACAUGGCCCAUCUUGUAAUUCCUGAGAAAGCAGAUGCUGGAGAUCUUCUCAUGAUGAUGAUUGGUUUUCCUUGCCUCGUUCCGCUGGUCGUAAAUUCAAUUCUGUUAACUGCAUACACUGUCGUAUUGCUCUUAAUGAGGAAUCAUUUAUUUGUUUGGAGUGUUUUCUCACCCAAGUACCUAUAUGUCUGUGCAACAACCCUAUGCACUUAUAUAGGGGUUUUCAUUGUGGCUGCAACUGGAACUUAUACACAUUUGGUACUGGCCAUGCGGAGGCGGAAGCAAGUUCCAAUUACCAACAACACAAGAUAGCAUAGCACUUGUAGCAACUAGCAACCAAUUUUGCGUUCUUCCAAACCAACUGCAAUGGUUGAAGUUCAUUUAAUCCUUGGUUCUUUUUUAGUAGCUAAACUUCCUCUAUGUACUCAUAUGGUACUGGCGUCUGUCUGGCCAUGCAGAAAGGAAGCAGCUUCCCAUCAGCCAUAACACAAGAUGGGUUCUUGGAGUAACUGGCGACUGAAUAUUGAAUUCUAAAUCUACUCCCAUGGUGGGAGUCAUUUUAAUCGUUGUUUUAUUUGAUUCUCUAACUUCCUCUAUGUGAUCAUGCAUGCAGAGAUCUUAUGAAGAAGAUAACUCCUCAAGCAGUUUCUGUUUUUAUUUACAUUAAAAAAAAAAAGCAUCAUUUUUUGGUCAAAUGAAGUUGAUAUUUUGUUGAUGACACUUGAAUGACAGAAUGAGUGUGGUUACAUGAUAGUACCACUGUAAUAUUCGUCUGAUAGAGAAAAUGACCAAAACACCCUCAUAUCCUAGCUUACCAUACCAUGUCUACAUUUGGUAUUUCAAUAUUUAAUGUAUUAAAUUAAAUUAAAGACCCUCCCGUUUCCUCUUCUGUUCCCUGUCUGGCUGCACUCUCGUCUUCCCAAACCAGUCAGAGUUUACUAAAUCUACGGCCCGCCGACCGUUUCUACGUCCCCACG